CAGAAACCAGAUUUGAUAGAAUAGAAAGAAAACCUCGAUUUCACCAACCAACCAUUUGAUUUAUUUUUUCUCAAAACCCUAUCCGCCAAUCACAAACCCUAGAUUUAUACUUCUCAAUAUUCAAUAUUAAUAAUAAGAAUCCUCCGUUUUAGUAUAUUUUUAAACUCAAAUUUGACUUCGAUCUGUGAAUUUGUAGAUAGAUUCAAUAUUUUUUAUUGCCCACUUCUGUUUUUGGAAUGGUCGAGUGCAAUUUGGUUGUAUAGAGCCUUUGAUUUCAGUGAAAACUAAAGGUGCCCCACUAGUUUGAGGGGCCAAUUUCGUUAACUGGGUCUGAACUGUUUCGCUCUCUUACCAUUGUUGUUUUGUGAUUUUAGGCUCCCAUUAUUGUUUUGGUGAUUUUAGACUACUUUAUCUCAUAGCUGCCAAUUUGGCGACUGGUUCUUGAUUAUUUUUUCUUUUUUAAUCCAUUCGUUUUUGGUGGAUUUAUAAUAUUAUUGAGAAUAGUAAUAUCGAAGAAGUAGUGUAUUUUUUUUUUCUUUUCUUUUUUUCGGUUUGAGAAGGAAAUGAGAUGAGAGGGGUAUUGUGUACUUUGAGGUUUAAGGAGAGACGAUGACUGGAGGGUCACUGGGGUCUUUGGGGAUUCGUUCUGGCAGUUAUGGAUCAUUGGAGAAGCAUUUUCAACAACAUCAACAGAACGGUGGCGGUGCUCACUUGCCGGGUCAAAUGAUAGGCCGCAAUAAACCUGCCAAGAUGUUCAAGGAAAAGGAGAGACUCUUUCAUUGGAUCUGCAAGUUCGCUGGCCGCAAAAAGGUUGGAAUGCUGUUUCUCUGUAUCAUCUCCGCUGCCGUUUUCAUCUGGGUUUUGUAUGUAGGAAAAGGUGAAGAUUCACAAGAAGGUGAUCAUGUCCCUAGCAUUAGUAUUAGGAUUAAUAGCACUCUGAACAAUAGCAGUCUAAAUAAUGAGACUGAUAAAAUUGAGGAGUUAGCUUUGCCUCCUCCUCCUCCUCCUCCUCCUCCCCCAUCUCCUUUAACAACACCACCUCCUCCUUCUCAAUAUUUUCUGGGCUACACCCUUCCUCCAGGGCAUCCAUGUAAUAGCUUCACUUUACCUCCUCCACCAGCUGAUAAAAAAAGAACUGGGCCAAGGCCAUGUCCCGUGUGUUACCUUCCUGUCGAAGAAGCGAUUGCUUUGACACCAAAGUUACCUUCAUUUUCUCCAGUGGUUAAGAAUUUGACAUAUAUCUAUGAGGAUCCACUAAGUAGAGAUGCAGAAUUUGGAGGCUCUGACUUUGGUGGGUAUCCUACUCUACACCAGAGAAGUGAUUAUUUUGAGAUUAGAGAGUCAAUGAGCGUGCAUUGUGGAUUUGUCAGAGGAAAAAAACCUGGCCAAAAUACAGGAUUUGACAUGGAUGAAACUGACCUGGCUGCUAUGGAGCAGUGCAAUGGAGUGGUCGUUGCUUCAGCAAUAUUUGGAGCCUUUGAUGAAAUCCAACAGCCAAGUAAUAUUAGUGAAUACUCCAGGAAAAAUGUGUGCUUCUUCAUGUUUGUGGAUGAAGAAACAGAAGCAUAUUUGAAGAAGAAAAGUGGUCUAGACAGCAACCGGAAAAUUGGAAUAUGGAGAAUUGUUGUUGUUCAUAAUCUUCCUUACUCUGAUGGAAGACGCAAUGGGAAGGUUCCAAAGCUUCUAUCACACAGGAUGUUUCCAAAUGCCCGCUUUUCUUUAUGGAUUGAUGGGAAACUUGAACUUGUUGUGGAUCCGUAUCAAAUUCUUGAGAGGCACCUAUGGAGAAAAAAUGCCUCUUUUGCAAUUUCUAGACAUUAUAAACGAUUUGACGUGUUUGUGGAGGCUGAGGCAAAUAAAGCGGCUGGGAAGUAUGAUAAUGCCUCCAUUGACUUUCAGAUUGAUUUUUAUAAAAAGGAGGGUUUAAGACCAUUUUCUUCUGCAAAGUUUCCAAUAACAAGUGAUGUUCCUGAAGGAUGUGUUAUAAUUCGGGAGCAUGUUCCAAUCAGCAACCUCUUUACUUGUCUUUGGUUCAAUGAAGUUGACCGCUUUACUUCAAGGGACCAAAUUAGCUUUUCUACUGUAAGAGAUAAGGUUCAGGCAAAAACAAAUUGGACUGUCAACAUGUUCUUGGACUGUGAAAGGCGCAACUUCGUGGUUCAGAAGUACCAUAGGGAUGUUUUAGAGCACAUGGCUCUUCCUCCUCCAGUUCAUAACCUCCCAUCUUUCUUUUACUAUCUGCAGAAGUACCAUAGAGAUGUUUUAGAGCAGAUGGCUCUUCCUCCUCCAGUUCAUCUACUGCCAGCGCCACCUGCUUUGGUAUAUAAACCACCAAUUAGAACAGGAGUUGAAACUUCAGGUCAAAGGGCUGUGAUUAUUCCAGUUCAGAAGGCAAGGCGAGGGAGAAAGUCUGGCUCUAGGCGUCACCGGAAAGUCGUGGCCGGUGUCAAGGACAUUGAUUCGAGUUAAAAAAAGUUUUGUUCGGGGAGUUAUCAUUCUUUUUCCUUCCCUCUUAACAAUCGUUCAUUGCAGGGGUGGAAGAUUUGUGCAAGAUGAGUAUUGUAGUUCUGUUACCACAGAGAAGAACAGUCUCUCAUUCUUUUGUUAUUUCCUAGUUUUGAACGCUCCUUUUCUUAUUGAUUUUUUUAUUGUAUAUAUGUUAUAAUUUCCAAUAAUUAUAUUGUGGGUUGCUACCAAAGUCCUGAAAUGUAGUAACCCAUUUUGUUGUUCAUUAGUAUAGCAAAAGUUGUAUUGUGACUCAGUUAUUUAAUGGCAAUAUUUAUGCCUUCGCUCAGUGAAAAUGAAUCGAUGCGAGUAAAUUGGUAAAUA